AUGGGUGGUGGUGCAUGGCGUUGUAUGUUCCAGGUGCCCCAGGAUGAGUGGGCAGGAUAUCCCCUGGGAGGCAAGGAUGAGGAGAUCCCGUGUCGAAGGAUGAGGAGUGGCAGCUACAUUAAAGCCAUGGGAGACGAUGAGAGCGGGGAGUCGGACACGAGCCCCAAAGACUCACCGAAGGCCACCAGUCUCCAAGAAACCCUGAUCAAGGCCGCUGCCGCACACAAAAUGGACAAUCAGAACCAGAACUACCUACAGUCGGCGAUCGAGGUGACCAUCAACCACAGCCUGGAUCCCAGCGGCAACGAGAACUCACCCAAGUUCCGCUCGAGAAACCAGAGCUACAUGCGGGCGGUCAGCACCCUGAGCCAGGCCAGCUGCAUCAGUCAGGUGAGCGAGGCUGAGGUGAACGGGCAGUUUGAGUCGGUUUGCGAGUCUGUGUUCGGAGAGAUUGAGUCUCAGGCAGUGGAUGCGCUGGACCUGCCGGGCUGCUUCCGCACGCGCAGCCACAGCUACCUGCGCGCAAUCCAGGCCGGGUACUCGCAGGAUGACGACUGCAUCCCCUCCAUGUCAGCGGCCAUGAUGGCCUCCUCCAUCAGGGCCACCACAGUAACUUGCACUAGCUACAAGAAGACACCGCCACCGGUGCCACCGCGCACCACGUCCAAGCCGGUCAUCUCAGUGACGGCACAGAGCAGCACGGAAUCGACACAGGACGCCUACCACGAGAACCGUUGCCAGCAGAUCCCGUGGAGCCAGGAGGGCAAAGUGCUGUACAACUCCACCGACAGCCUGGACAGCAGCAAGGCGGUCAACAUGGCCCUGGAGGCUGCGGCGCUGCACCACGCCACCAACAACUGCCGGGGUGCCGUCAUGCUGACCCGAGACAAGGCCAUCCUCACUCUGGACGUGGCCAAAGCUCAACAACUCCUCAAGAACCGACGCUCCUCCAUCGGCAUCCAGGUGGAUGCGGUGGAGCCGGCCACAGACUCGGACACGGACAGCCGGGGGCUGCGGGAGUAUCACUCCGUGGGAGUGCAGGUGGAAGAUGAGAAACGGCGCGGCCGCUUCAAGCGGUCCAACAGCGUGACGGCCAGCGUUCAGGCGGACCUGGAGUUGGAGGGUUUCCCCGUACCGGUCAGCAUGGAGGACAAGGGGCAGCAGUUCGGCAACUCGUUCCAGCGGCACUCGGAGCCGUGCACGCCCACCCAGUACACGGCGCUCAGGACUGUCCGCACACAGGGGCUGCUCAGCUACCGGGAGGAUUACCGCACGCCCCUCGACACAUCCGCCUUCCCGCCCCCGGAGCCGUGGCUGGAGUCGGUGCCUCCGCCCGACGCUGGCCGCAUGUCGCCCUGCCGCAGGGACGGCCAGUGGUUCAUGAAGCUGCUGCACGCGGAGACAAAGAGGAUGGAGGGAUGGUGCAAGCAGAUGGAGAGAGAGGCCGAGGAGAAUGACCUGAGUGAGGAAACCUUGGGGAAAAUCCGGAGUGCCGUCGGCAGUGCCCAGCUCCUGAUGUCCCAGAAAUUCCAGCAGUUUUACUGGCUCUGCCAGCAGAAUCUGGACCCCAGCGCCAUGCCGCGCCCCACAUCCCAGGACCUGGCCGGCUUCUGGGACCUGCUGCAGCUGUCCAUCGAGGACGUCAGCAUGAAGUUUGACGAGCUGCACCAGCUCAAAGCCAACGACUGGAAACCCAUCGAACCACCCGACAAACAGGAGGAGAGGAAGAUCCCGCCCCCAGUACCAAAGAAGCCGGUGAAGGGGAAGGUGGCCAUCGUGAGGGAGAAGUCUCUCGACCUGCCCGAACGGCAGCGCCAGGAGGCACGCAAGCGGCUGAUGGCCGCCAAACGGGCAGCUUCCUUCCGACAGAACUCUGCCACCGAGCGAGCGGACAGCAUCGAGAUCUACAUCCCCGAGGCCCAGACACGGCUGUGAGCAGCGGCCCCUCACCCCCUCACUCCCUCCU